AUGGAUAACCCCGUGAAGGUUUUUUCACUUCUCAGAUUUCUAAGCAUUGCGAUAACAAUUAGCAUUUGCUUAUGCAAUGGAAUUCUCAUCAGUGCGCCUUGCAAAGAAUAUGAGAGACAAGCACUUCUGGUGUUCAAGCAAGACCUCAAGGGUCCUUCAAACCGGCUUUUAUCGUGGGUUGGCGGCGAAAGAGACUGUUGCAACUGGACUGGAGUUGUCUGUGAUAAAAAACCGGCCAUGUCUGCGAGCUCCACCUCGGAAAUUAUUAUUCAGAUGAGGAAUUUUCGAGCGAGAGUUUGUCCAGGGUUUGGAGGUACAAUUCCUCCUCAACUAGGAAACAUCUUGAGUCUUCGCGCUCUUGGCCUGUUUGAUAAUGAUCUUGUAGUUGAGAACCUUGAAUGGAUUUCUGGCCUCUCUCUUUUGCAACACUUGAACAUUGCUGCUAUAGAUCUUAGCAAAGUAUCACAUUGGUUGCAGGGUAAAAACACACUCCCUCUCAGCUGCUAUCUUGAAACACUAGUUCUUUCUGAAAAUAACUUUCAUGGUGAAAUUUCGAGUUACAUUGGAAACUUAACAGCCCUUGUCAAUCUUGACAUAUUUGACAAUCAACUUGAUGGGAAAGUCCCAAACUCAUUGGGAAACCUCUGUAAGCUGAUGGUUCUCGAUUUGUCAAAAAACAAUUUCAGCGGAGGCGUUUCAGAAAUAUUUGAAAGCUUUUCUAGGUGCAGUUCAGGUCGCAUGGUGUAUUUGGCUCUAUCAGAUAAUAAUCUUUCAGGUCAUCUGUCAUACCAGCUUGAUCUUUCCAAUUCAUCGUUUUCUGGAACUCUGUUUCAUUUCCUAUGUGACAAGACUGAUGGGCCGAAACAACUUCAAAUUCUUCGACUUCACAACAAUUCUCUCAUAGGAGAAAUUCCCGACUGUUUGGACAAUCUGCAAAACUUGGAACUUCUCAACUUAGAAAACAACAAUUUGAUUGGGAACAUUCCAGCAUCCUUUGUUGGAAGCAUACCAACACGGAUUGGUAAAAGCCUUUCACAUUUGGGAGUCCUCAGCCUCCGUUCGAACAUGCUUCGCGGCAACAUUCCUCAUGAACUGUGUAGUCUCCGAAAGCUCCAGAUCCUGGACCUCACGGACAACAACCUCUUCGGAGCAAUACCAACAUGUUUCAACAAUUUCACUGCCAUGACAAACUUUUCAAACUCGGGAGGUCCCAUUUUGUUCUACACUUGUUCACUUGGCGAUUAUGGUUUUUUUGAGGAUUACGACAUAGAGAAUGCAAUCUUGGUGAGCAAAGGUAGAGAAACGAAGUAUACCAAUAAGCUUGCUUUGGUGACAAGCCUGGACCUUUCAGACAAUGUUAUAUCUGGAGAGAUCCCUGAAGAGCUGACCAGCCUCAUCUGCUUGCAAUCACUCAACUUAUCAAACAAUCGUUUGGUUGGAAAAUCCCUUCAAGGAUUGAUUUCUGCAAGCGUGUCAAAGUUAACGUUUCUAAGUUACUUGAACUUGUCCGAUAACAAUCUGUCAGGGAAGAUUCCGGUAAGUGCACAGCUUCAGAGCUUUGAUCCGUCCAGUUUCCUUGGAAAUAAACUUUGUGGACCUCCACUGGAGGAGUGCAGCACAAACCAUGUUGAAGGUCCAAGUUCAUCAGGUGAUAGAAAGAGGGAGCAUCUAUUCGUUUACUCGAAGAUGAUUGGCUCUACCUGA